UGUUAUGUUACGAAAGCAAAGAACGAUUCAUUUUGUUAUAUCUACUUUUGAUACUACUCAUUCGUAGCUACAUCCAUCACGUUAGAGUGAUCAGAACUUUAACUUUCUGUUAAUUAAAUUUUUGUUUCAUAAACACAUUCGCGUGGGAGUUUGUCAGACGGAGCGCUACUUGUGAGGAUUGGCGAGUACAUACAAACAACGUAGCAGUUGCAGUACUUGCAGUGAUGGACGUGAUGUAUGCUUGUCGCUGCUGCCUGCGGCGUGCUCCGGACAAGGACCUGACGACGCCGUACACACAUCUCGGUAUAACGGAGAUAUAUGCCGACAUGAUCAAAGGGUGCUUUGACAUAAAUCUGGCACUUGGCGGCUCGGGCUCGUGUGGCAUCUGCACUAUGUGUGUGUGCCGCCUGCGAGACGCGAGCAGCUUUAAGCUGCAACUGCAGCGCAGCCAGGCGGAGCUGCAGGCAUGGCUACAGGGAGAGAGCAUCAAAGAGGAAGAAUCUGCAGUUGAGCCAGAGAAUCCUGAAAUACAGGAGGAAGAUGGGACCAGUGAGCCUGUGUCAGAUGACAUGCUCUGGUUAAACAUGGCGGCCGGAGACGAGGCGAGCGACGAGGGGGACCCGCUGCCGAUGUGUUCGGACGGCAGCGCCGCCCGCGCCCGGGAACAGCUCGCGAUGGCGUGUACCGUGGUGCUCGAGCGCCUCCGCGGCGACGCGACUGUUCACAGUGGAGGCAAACCAUAUAGCUGCGAACAUUGUGGCAAGCAUUUCAUGAACAAGUCUAAUUUACGAGAACACAUUCAAAACACCCAUUCAUUGACCGGACAAAAACUAUUUGCUUGUGAUUUUUGUAGUUCUACGUUUCAAACUGAAUUGCUUUUGAUAGAACACGAGAAAAGCGAACAUGGUGUUACAAAUUUCAUGUGUGCUGAAUGUGAGUAUACAACAAGUUCCAAGAAAAGGUUGGAAACUCAUUUAAAGAGGCACUCUUCGGAGAAUAAUUUUAAUUGUAGUCACUGUAGUUACACAAGUUCAUGUAAAAGUGAUUUACAUAAACACCAAACAAUACACAUUGCUGGAAAUCCUAUUAAGUGUAGCGACUGUGAUUUCAAAUGCAAUGAUGAAUCAGAACUGCUACGUCAUCAGAAGACGCACAAACGCAAGCACCAGAUAAAUAUUACUAGAAAAAAACCUUACAAAUAUAGUCAUUACGAUUACAAGUGCAGUGCUAGUUCUAUGAUACGAAGACACAAGGCCCACACUGGCGAGAAGCCUUUUCAGUGUAGCCACUGUGAUUACAAAUGCAGUUACAAGUCACGCUUACAACAACACCUGAUUAUACAUACUGGGGUGAAGCCUUUUCAGUGUAGCCACUGCAAUUACAAAUGCAGUCUGAAGUCACACUUACAACGACACCUGAUGAUACAUACUGGGGUGAAGCCAUUUCAGUGCAGCCACUGUGAUUACAAAAGCAGUAGCAAAUCAAACUUACAACUACACCUGAUGAGACAUACUGGGGUGAAGCCAUUUCAUUGUAGCCACUGCGAUUACAAAAGCGCACAGAAAUCAGCAUUACAGACGCACCUGAUGAUGCAUACUGGGGUGAAGCCAUUUCAGUGUAGCCACUGCGAUUACAAAAGCGCACGGAAAUCAGCAUUACAGACGCACCUGAGGAGACACACUGGAGAAAAGCCUUGCGAUUGUAGUAAUUGUGACUACAAGUGCAGUCAUGAAGGGCGACAUACUGGCGAUAAGAAUUUUCAGUGUAGCCACUGUGGUUACAAAUGCAGACAGAAAGCAUACUUACAACAACACCUGAUGAUACAUACUGGGGAGAAGCCAUUUCAGUGUAGCCACUGUGAUUACAAAUGCAGUCGGAAAACACACUUAAAACAACACCUGAUGAUACAUACUGGGGUGAAGCCAUUUCAUUGUAGCUACUGCGAUUAUAAAAGCGCACAGAAAUCAAAAUUACAGACGCACCUGAGGAUACACACUGGAGAAAAGCCUUUCGAAUGUAGUAAUUGUGACUACAAGUGCAGAGAUAAUUCUUCCUUUCGAAAACAUGAAAGGCGACAUACUGGCGAGAAGAUUUUUCAGUGUACCUACUGUGAUUACAAAUGCAGUUGGGAACUACAAUUAAAAAGACACCAGACGAUGCAUACUACGGCGAAGCCAUAAUAAUGUGGCAUGUGGCACUUAAAGUAACGUCAAACAUACAUUUUAUAUAGAGAGAAGCGGUACAAAUGUAGUAUUUGCGACUAUAGGGAGAAAACAUACUUAGGACUCAAGAGAAUACCCACGAGAAGCCCUAUGCACGUACCCACUGCAAGUAGUCGAAAUAAAAACGCAUUAAAAAUCCACCUGACAAUAAAAUAUUUCGUUUAAAAACCUUAGUGUAUAGUUCCGUAUGUGGUGAGAAAUGUGAUCCGCUAGUUCCCGGGUCCCUUGCACGCGCGUGCACGAUGUGUUCCCGGUGUCGCCGGCGUGUGGCGCGCGGGACGGGCGAGGGGCGUGUGUCGCGGGUCCCUUGCACGCGCGUGCACGAUGUGUUCCCGGUGUCGCCGGCGUGUGGCGCGCGGGACG